GUUGGGAAGUCUUACCAACUUUUAAAAAGUUGGUUAAAGAGAUGGAGUGUAAAGUCAGCAGUGAGGGGCAGGAUGUGACGAUGGAGUUAAAAACAGAAAAUGUUUAUUUGGAGGUUAGAGGUGAAUAAAAAUGUAUGAAGUGCCAUAACAGAGAGCGAGGAGGCCUCUGUGUUAGGACUGCGUAGAUCUAAGCCUCCUUUUUUUUUGGUUUGGGGGGAGCCUUUCUUAUUCAAAACAGCCCCACAAAAGACUUCCAGUGAGCCUUGCCACAUCCCCAUCUGACUUGGGGCCAUUCAUCAGCCUUCCUAGCCUAUCAAUGACAUGUCCCCAUCAGGGCUCCUAUAAAAUCAGCCCCUUUCCCAUGAAACAUCAGCAAACAUUUUGACGGGUCUGGCUUUCCCCCCGCUGGAUUUCUGGAGUCUCUACUCCCUCUCCUCCCCACCUCCUCCUCAUCCACCCAUUAGCUCCCCACCUCCUCCCCCUCUGUCCUCCGCCAACACCACCCCUCUCUGGGCGAACCUCAGAUCCUCACCAUCUCCUGUGACGGGCAGUGGUCGUGGAAACGGGGAGCAAGACGAGGGGAGAGUCUCGGAGGAGGGGAAAACGUGCACCGAGCCAUUUUCUUGGAGGAGCCUGUGUCGUUGAUGGGAAGAGGAUGCAUUGCGGGCUGCUGGAGGAGCCUGACAUGGAUUCCACAGAGAGUUGGAUUGAAAGGUGCCUCAAUGAAAGUGAGAACAAGCGCUAUUCCAGCCACACCUCUCUGGGGAACAUGUCCAAUGAUGAGCAUGAGGAAAAAGAAAACAACAGAGCCUCUAAACCACAUUCAACUCCGGCUACUCUGGAGUGGUUAGAGGAAAAUUAUGAGAUAGCUGAAGGUGUGUGCAUCCCCAGAAGUGCCCUCUACAUGCAUUAUCUCGACUUCAGCGAGAAACACGACACGCAGCCCGUGAACGCAGCCAGCUUUGGAAAGAUUAUAAGGCAGCAGUUUCCAGCACUAACCACCAGAAGACUGGGAACAAGAGGGCAGUCCAAGUAUCACUACUACGGCAUCGCAGUGAAGGAGACGUCGCCGUACUACGACGUGAUGUACUCCAAAAAGGGGGCGGCGUGGGUGAACGAGACGGGGAAGAAGGAGGUCACGAAGCAGACAGUGGCGUAUUCACCGCGCUCCAAACUGGGGACGCUCCUGCCAGAGUUUCCAAAUGUCAAAGAUCUAAAUUUGCCUGCCAGCCUGCCAGAAGAGAGGGUGUCGACGUUCAUCAUGAUGUACAGAACGCACUGCCAGAGGAUACUGGACACGGUGAUCCGAGCCAACUUUGAUGAGGUCCAAAGCUUCCUGCUGCACUUUUGGCAGGGCAUGCCGCCCCACAUGCUCCCCGUCCUCGGCUCCCCUACGGUGGUGAACAUCGUUGGUGUUUGUGACUCCAUCCUCUACAAAGCUAUCUCUGGGGUUCUGAUGCCCACCGUCCUGCAAGCACUGCCUGACAGUUUGACUCAGGUUAUUCGGAAAUUUGCCAAACAGCUGGAUGAGUGGCUUAAAAUAGCACUUCACGACCUUCCAGAAAACCUGAGGAAUAUCAAAUUUGAAUUGUCAAGAAGGUUUUCUCAGAUUCUGAAGCGGCAGACAUCAUUAAACCAUCUAUGUCAGGCGUCUCGGACUGUGAUAAACAGCGCCGACAUCACCUUUCAGAUGCUGGAGGACUGGAGGAACGUUGACCUGAACAGCAUCACCAAGCAGACACUUUACACCAUGGAGGACUUGCAGGAGGAGCACAGGCAGCUUAUUAUGCACUUGUAUCAGGAGUUUGACCGCCUGCUGGAGGAGCAGUCCCCAAUAGAGGCGUACAUCGAGUGGCUGGACUCAAUGGUGGACCGCUGUGUCGUCAAGGUGGCGGGGAAGAGGCCUGGGUCGCUGAAGAAGGUGGCCCAACAGUUCCUGCUGAUGUGGUCGUGUUUUGGUACCAGAGUCAUCCGGGAUAUGACCCUCCACAGCGCGCCGAGCUUUGGAUCCUUCCACCUGAUCCACCUGAUGUUUGAUGAUUACGUGCUCUACCUGUUGGAGUCCCUUCACUUCCAGGAGAGGGCCAACGACCUGAUGAGAGCCAUGAAGGGAGAAGGAAGCACAGCGGAGCGAGAAGAAGAAUUCACGCUGACAGAAACCACCCCCACCUCCCAGUCUCCCGGAUCUUACUCUCCCGCCCGCUCGGUCCAAUCCAUUGACGUCUCCUCGGCCGGCUCCCCCACAGCUGCCUUGUCCCCAGAGUUCACCGGGGUCACCGCCACCUCCACAGGCGCUGUUCAGUCAUAUACCUGGUCCCUCACAUACACAGUGACAACAGCAGGCGGGUCUACUCCGGAAACCGGACAGCAGCUGUCCUGCAUGAGGAGCAGCGCUCCCGUCCCCCCUCCAUCCUCCACCCACAGGAUGCCGGUGUACAGGGAGGAACACGGAUACACCGGUAGCUACAACUAUGGCAGUUACUCCAACCAGCACCCCCACUCCAUCCAGAGCCAGUAUCCAAGCCUGGGCCAUGAUCCUCCCAUCCCCGCUCCCCUUCACUACUCUGCCUACCACCGCUCAUCUGCACAGUACCAACUCAACGGCCAGAUGUCUCGAAUGGAGCCCUGCCUGAUGGGCACUACUCCUCGAUUGCACCCCACGUCUGUCGCCCCGCGCUGGCCAGAUGUGUCUCCUGCUAACAGCUGUUAUACCAGCCCGCCUAUGCAUUCAUCCCGUUAUGCCAGCUCCGGGGACAUGUACUCUCCUCUGGGCCCGCGCAGGAACUCUGAGUACGAACACUCGCAGCAUUUCCCCGGCUUCGCCUACAUCAACGGGGAGGCCACAACAGGCUGGGCCAAAUAGUCUUAAAACUUUGACUUUGGACAUCUUUAAUACAAUCUCCAGGCCCAGUAAGCUGGCAGCUGCGUUCAAUCAAACGUAUCAAAACAAAAGAAGAGGAGCCAGCAUGAGGGGGAAGGAGGACAAGCCGCGCUGAUGGUGGUGUCAUUUUCAGCAGAGGUUUAUUAAAGAAGAUCAAAAUUAGCAGCAAAAUGAUCACGAGUGCAAUGAUGCUGCCAUGCCGUGCCUUUGUUUAAGGGAAUGUACACUUCCAACGGAGUUAUCUUGUUUGAUCUGAACAACAACAUCCAGAAAAACCACAUUCUGUUAGUGGAUGUACUGGCACCAGUACAGUCCCAGUGACUGCAGGUCUUUCUGGUGUUGCUCAACACUGUGCAGAAAUGAGCCUUAACCAUCUUGGGACACCAGAUAUCUGCGUCUGAGUUGACAUCCAUCGAUGUUUUAAGGUGUUUCCAACUUGGAUUUUUUAUUUUUAUUUUAAAUAAUUCAAAACAUCAAAUGUAUUCUGUUGCAACCUCUCCUGCUGUUUGUCUGUGACUUUAUAUCUGUAUAUCUAUAUAGAAAUAUGCAUAUAUAGAUAUAUAGGUAGAGAUAUAUAAACUAUGUAUUUUCUGUAACUUGGUGUACCUUUUCCAUUUUAAACUGGUACAUUGUCUCUGUUUUGUAUGGGUAGUAAUGGAUGCAUUAACUUAGGGUUGUGUGUUUUAUAAUGCACUCAAAUCUACUGAGGACCUAUUACCCUAUGGGUAUUUAUAAAAAGGGAAAUAUCAAAGUGUACAGUAAGUAACAUGAAGUAUAGUCACUUUUUCUCUGUAAAUAAAAGCACUGGAACACAUCUGUGGUGACGGUUAAACUAUCACUGAUGUGUAUGUUGGAGUUAUUCUGUCCCAUAUAUGAGUUCUCAAUUUAAAAUGGUGAGUUGUUGCUUGUU